ACGAUCAGUGUAGUCGUGGAACUAAAUGUUUUGCAAACUACAAUCGGUCUAAUGAAAUGAACUAUUAUUUUUAUUUAAUAAUAGUGCUUCAAGCCUCCAAAUUAUUUGACAUCACCCAAGCUCAAAAACGUGAUGGUCGAGGAAAAGCCAAGUACAAUCGCAAUGCGGCCAGGCAAAAAAUUGUUCGUUGCUGUGGUGCACUGUCGUGCACUCAAUUCAACGCCAUUUAUAAAGCAACAACUGCAAUAAUUAAUGGUUCCGCCACUUCCGCAUCGACAGUGACGUCGAGAGUGACAAAUGAUCAAGCUACAGAUGCCAAAACCCUAACUGAUGAAACGCAAUUUUCCCAAAUCAGCGAUGCACCUGUUCAACAAGAGGAAACAACGACAACAAUUAUCAAUGAUUUAAACUCAGCUCCAUCUCCGAGUGAACCAAAUUUACCUGUCGUUCCAGACUCCACUACAGAAACUACUUUACCGACCCAGAACGAAAUUCCAGAUCCGAUAACUACAAUGCAAGCAGUUGAAACUAGCUCAUCAACAUUUACGCAACUUGAAAGCACUGCAAAUCCUAAUUUGAAUAUUCCGUCCUCAACGCCAAAUUUACUGACAACAACAGCAAAAAUAGCUGCCCCAACAACUACAACUACUGAGAUGACGACGAUCCUUUUCAUAAAACCAACUACAGCAACGACGAAAGCGCCAGAGGUUUAUCCGAAAUGCCCAACAUUAUGUAAACGUGAUGCAUCACUAUUUGAUCUUGACAAGUCACUAAGAGAUCCAUCUGACCACGGCUUUUGGAGAACUGCGUGUGGAAGUCUUUUUGUUUUUGGAAAAACUCUGGCAAAUUGGCAGCAGAACUUUGACAAAUGCUGCAGUCUAGGAAUGGUGCCAAUUUUCUUCGAGACACAGGCUAAAUUUACGUGCUUCAAUGAUAUGAUAGACGGAUUCAAAUGGCCAUACAAUACUCGGUAUUGGACAUCAGGUUUGCGCGGGAGCCCUUCCACAUUUGCGUUUUGCCAAACCAAAGCAAGCGUAUUAUCGUCCUAUUGGGAGUCCGGGCAACCCAACAAUGUUAACAAGUCAGAAAAUUGUGCUCAGCUUAUAAUAAAGCCAGGAAACGACACAGCCCAGUUGGCCGAUAAGAACUGUGGAGAAAUCAGUGCUUUUGCCUGCAUGGGGCCGACAACACCAAAGCCUGCCUGCACAGCGCCGCAAUGUCCAAAUAUCACCUGCGCCCCUAACAACACCGUUUUUGCGACCAAAGACGGACCUGUGGUCAUCAAAUACUUAAAAGACCCUACAAAGCAUGGGCAGUGGUUUUCAACGGAUGGAAGAUAUUAUGUUUUCAGUUACCCAAGUGACACUCGCACGUACGAACAAUCAAUGAUGGCAUGCUGCUCCAUCGGCUUGAAGCUCAUCAGUGUGCACCAAGAUUUCACUUUUGAUCUGCUAAAAAAUGCUUUUAAAAAUGGAAAAAUAUUACCAGCACAGUUUUGGACAUCUGGUACUGACUUAGGCUGCGAGGGUAACUUUGGGUAUUGCUCAUCAAAUAGACUUCUUAGAAAGGAGGCAAGAUGGGUCCUCGGACAACCAGAUGAUGUAAACAAAACCCAAAAUUGCUUGACAAUCUACGUCAAUAUGACAGAGUCUCGACUGAGUGAUGAGAAUUGCAACCUAAAAAGGCGCUACAUCUGUGAAGGAAAGUCCCCGAGGACAGUCGAAACGAUUCAGAAAGAGUGCGCUGACCUAUACACAUUGACAGCUGAGCAAAUAUCAAGGCUUCUUAACGACACCGCGAAAAAUCUCAAGGAAAAAUGUUUUUUGAAAUGUUUUGGAGAGGAAACGGGAUUUAUGAAGGAUGGAAAGUUGGUGCAGGAAAAAAUACUCGCCGAGUUUCAAUCGUUGUCAAAAGGCGACCUAGACAAGCUUACCGAAUCAUACAGCACCUUCGACUUUUGCACCAAUGUGACAAAGGGAAUGGAUGAUUGUGACAGAGCUUCAGCCCUGAUGAAAUGCGGACAAGACAAUUCGCCAGAACUCAUGUCAAGCCUGGUUGUUAACCUUGAAAAUACAAUUAAGGGUGGCACCGUUAAUGAGGCUGUGGUAAUGUCACCUAACCAGUCAUCCGCAUGUCCUAGUCACACAUGUGUUCAGGAUGCGGAUUUGAAAGCCACUUUUGAUAGAACGCCAGCAAAUUCAUCAUUUAAGUCGAUUUACGGUACUGGAAAAGUAGCCGAAGCAUGUGGCAAAAGGUUCCUGGGCUUGAAUAUGCCAGCCUUGAUGGGAAUUAAUGCAUCAAGGUUUCCUGAAGCUUUUGCAAUUUGCUGCAAAUUUGGCCUCAGACUCUUAAUUCUUGAUACUACUGCAAAGCAAACAUGUUUGAAGGCUCAAACUGGUCUUAUGGAUUUUCCAGCGGGUGUAGGAGGCUACAUAAUUGCUGCUUUCUACAUUGAUCCAAGUGUAAACAAAACGGCAAUAACGUGUCCAUCAGGACAGCUGGUAAUGAACCAAAAGGAAAUACCUGACGUAUCUGCUGGCACACAAGGAUUCUUUCCGACUAUUAGAACAGAUAUAGCUACAGGUAAUUUUGUGAUCGAUCGAUAUGCUGCCUCAAACAAAUUGCUUUGUGAAAGCAAUUGAAAUUUUUAGUCAGGCAUGAGGUCACGUUUUUGAUAUUGUGACGAUGAAAUGAAAAUAUAAAUGAUUUGAUUAAGAAGUAAUUUUUUUACUUUUGAAAAAGUUAAAAUCAUCUCGGUAUAUUAUUGAUAUAAGUUUGUCUUCUUAUACCACUUGUCUAUAUCAAUUAUUAUUUUUUUUUA